AUGCUUGAGUCACCCGCAACCGUAGCUUCUGCAACUCAAAGGUUGGUCCCUAGAAGGCAAACAAUUGAAGAUGCUUAUUCACCACCAGCGAAUUUCUUAGAGAUUGAUGUGUGCAACCCUCUUACUCACGAGGAUGGUAAAGAUCGCUUCACAGACUAUGAAGUUAGUCUUAGAACAAAUUUACCUAUAUUUGCACACAAAGAGUCGUCGGUUCGUCGGAGGUAUAGUGAUUUCAAAUGGCUUCGUGACGAACUAGACCGUGAAAGCAAGAUUGUUGUUCCUCGAUUACCAAGUAAAGCAUGGAAACGCCAGUUACCUUUUCGGGCAGACAAAGGUAUAUUUGAUGAGGAUUUCAUCGAGGAGCGACGAAAAGGUCUAGAAAAUUUUAUUAACAAGGUGGCUGGGCAUCCAUUAGCUCAAAAUGAAAAAUGUUUACAUAUGUUUCUUCAAGAAAAAGUCAUUGAUCGUAACUGUAGACUUGGAAAAUUACGUAAUAUCUGA